AAGAAGAUUGGCUUCACCGCGCUCUCUGUUGUUUUGUCCUGAUGCUGUUUUAAUACAAACUAUUAAUAAUGUAGUUUCAGUAAAAGAAAAACACAUUUUUUGAAUCGGGUCAGUAAAUACCUGAAAUAUUCUCAUUUACAUAGUCGUGACUAAGUUUUUAAGCAAGCAGGAAAAUCUAGAGUAUCAUCAGCUGAACUGAGAUCUGCUGCUGUAAAGAUGGUGUCUGUUAAAGAGGAGAGUGAGGAGUACACGACUGAACCAGAACCCUGGAGAAUAAAACACGAGGAACCAGAAACCUGGAGAAUAAAACACGAGGAACCAGAAACCUGGAGAAUAAAACUUGAGGAACCAGAAACCUGGAGAAUAAAACACGAGGAACCAGAAACCUGGAGAAUAAAACACGAGGAACCAGAAACAUGGAGAAUAAAACUUGAGGAACCAGAAACCUGGAGAAUAAAACACGAGGAACCAGAAACUUGGAGAACAAAACUUGAGGAACCAGAAACCUGGAGAAUAAAACACGAGGAACAAGGUGAGUUGAUUGGAAAAAAUGAGGAAAGUGAAGAACUGAGUGAAGAUGAGGAGAAAAAUCAUGCUAAAAUGGGAGAAAAAUCUUUGGGUUGCUCGCUGAGAGAGUACAUGUGCUUUGAGUGUGAAAAGACUUUUACCUCUGUAAAGUGUUUAAAACAGCACCAGAGGAUUCACACUGGAGAAAAACCAUAUAAGUGUACACACUGUGAUAAGAGAUUUGGCCGGUCAGCACAUCUGAAAAGACAUGAGAGGAUUCACACUGGAGAGAAACCGCACACAUGUGAUCAGUGCGGGAAGAGUUUCACACUAAAAGGAAGCCUUACAGAGCAUAUGAGAGUUCAUACAGGAGAGAAACCGUUCACUUGUGAACAAUGCGGAAAGAGUUUUGGUCAAUCAGCAAAACUUAAGGAUCACAUAAAUAUCCACACUAGAGAGAAGCUGUACACAUGUGAUCAAUGCGGCAAAACAUUUUUGUGGGCUUCGGUCCUGACAAAACACUUGAGAGUUCAUACAAAGGAGAAGCCAUAUUCAUGUCAUUUGUGUGGAAAGAGUUUUUCACUUCUACAUCAUUUAAAAGAACAUCAGAAAACACAUACUGGUGUGAGAGAGUAUGUGUGCUCUGAGUGUGAAAAGACUUUUACUACAGCAUACUGUUUAAAACUGCACGAGAGGAUCCACACUGGAGAAAAACCUUACAAGUGUUCACACUGUGACAAGAGAUUUAGUCUGUCAGGACACCUGAAAACACAUGAGAGGAUCCACACUGGAGAGAAACCGUAUCACUGCAAUGCAUGUGGGAAGCGUUUUAAUCAAUCUUCUGCACUACACAGUCAUACAAAAAACAAGCACAGUAAGUAGAUCAUCUUCAGAUCCAGCACUUUCAGGGUCUGAUGCUGCAUCCUCACCAAAUGAGACAAUAAUGCGCUAAUCAAUAAAAUAUCAUCUGGAUAAAUCUGUCCUAACCAGACGUCACAAGUGACAUGACAAAGAAACAUUACCUAAAGAUUUCACAGUGAAUAAAUUCAUUUUAAUUUUCAAAACCAGAUUCAACUGAGAUGCAUUUGAGAGUUCCUCCCAAAGAACAGUGUCAAAAUGUUAUUAUUGUAUGCCAUUUUGCUUCAUGAUAAAAAAAUUGUAUCAUUGUGUGUCCUUAUGAGCUUCACAAUAUGUUGUCUUACAAAGCAUAUGUGUCGCUUGUAGUUUGAUUACUCCUUCAUGAACGAAAGUAGAAGCUUUUACAAACUGUUCUUGUUGUCAACAUUUUUAAGAGAAACUAAGAUUAUUUUUUAAAUUUGUUUUUUUUAUUGUUUUUUUUUAAUGGAAAGUUAUUCUUUCACUUAAGAUUAAAUGAAGGAUCAUAUUCAUUACAAUAGCGAACAUAAAUGAACAUCAGAUAGACGAGAUCCUCAACAAAUGUAUCACAAAUGACAAAGUGAUUUUUUUUUCCUGAAAUAU